UAUGGCGCGUACGAAAAAGUGAUACUUCCGUUGGUCUUUAAAAGCAUCAUCAAAUUGCCGACACCUGUUGUCGAACAAAAAAACGGUAGAGUCGAGUUGAAAGUUAAAACCUGUAUGUUGAAUCUACAAAAUAAGACAAUACCAUAGUUUUUGAACUUGUUCGAAUUGUCAAACAACUUUAAAAGUGGAGCGAGGGGCCAGUUGGUGAAGACAUUGCGGGUUUAACGUUAGGUCCUGGAACUAAAAACGUCCAGAUUGCGAUGAUUCACUUUCCAUUGACGAUAAAGUUAGCCAACGUUAAAUCUUAAAAUCUUAAAUACAUCUCCAAUUUGCCACUAAACUCAACAAUGGAGAUGAUGAAGUGUGUGAGCCACCAGCAGGCCAGCCAGCUGCUCCAUAACAAGUUCAUCGUGGUGAUGGGAGACUCCAUUCAGAGGUCUGUGUACAAGGACCUUGUUGUGCUGUUGCAGAAGGACAAGUAUCUCACUGCAAAACAACUCCGGAGCAAGGGUGAGAUGAGCUUUGAACAGGACUGCCUGGUGGAAGGAGGUUGCCUAAAUACAAUGCACAAUGGAACGGGGUACCGGGAGAUUCGGCAGUUUCAGUCCGCCCACCACCUUGUACGCUUCUACUUUGUGACGCGCGUCUACUCUGGCUACAUGCAGAGCAUCCUAGAUGACUUCCGCCAAGGCUUGAAACCUGAUGUAGUAAUUCUCAACUCCUGCGUUUGGGAUAUCUCAAGAUACAACUCCAGUUGGCUUGAUAACUACAAGGAGAACCUACAUACAUUAUUUGAUGAGCUGAAAGUGACUCUGCCAAAGGAAACCCUGGUCGUAUGGAAUCUCACCAUGCCCUUAGGAGAGAGGAUUAAAGGUGGUUUCCUGGUCCCAGAGAUUGAGCACAAGGUUCCCCAGCUGCGUUAUGAUGUGAUUGAAGCCAACUUCUACAGCGGGACUCUGGCUGACGCCUACGGGAUGGAUGUGUUGGACCUUCACUUUCAGUUCCGCUUCUCCCUGCACCAUCGUACAAAUGACGGCGUCCACUGGAACGCCCUUGCGCACCGCAAGAUAACCUCUCUGCUGUUACAGCACUCUGCGCAGGCCUGGGGGGUUACUAUGCCCUGUCCACUAACUGCUGUUGAUCAUGCUGAGGUUACUGCUCAGCAGGCAGAAAAUGCUACCAAACCUGCAGGAUUGCAUCGAGUGAAUCCUUACUCAGACUACCACAGCUCUCCUCGCAUCAACUAUUUUUCCAACAAGGAGCGACACCCAUCAAAGGGAAAUUACAACAGCUAUGACGGCUACAGGGAGGAGUUCUUCAGUGAUAACCCCUCUUUUGGUUACUUCAACUUUGAGAAUUACCCACAGCCACACACAUCAUACCAUGAGACCAGACGGGUUAAAAAUGGUUUCGACUACAAGCCUCCCCACCACUUUGAGCCCUACGAUGAGCACCAUCAUCAGGACGUGAUGAAGAGCCGCCAUGCCAGGCGCCACUAUGCUCCGUACACCCAUCACAGACCCAGAUUGAACAACCACAAUGGUGGCUUCUACUGAGGCAGGGAGUUUUUACAAGAUUCAGAUAUGGUCAACUUCCAUUUAUUGUUAUUUACUGCAGACUCUUGCCUCACCUGCAGUACAUUGUUUCACAACAGUCCCAUUUGUCUAUGAAGGUUCUAAGUGGUCCAGGUCAUGGUAGUUCUCUGUGAUAAGCAAAGGCAACUGGACUUGCUAGAAAUUCUCUCAUCCAAAAGGCUUCUUCAAAUCUGACUGACUAGUGGGGAGUUCCAGAUAUUUACACACAACCCACCAGAGGUUAAAUAUCUGGAACUCUCCAAUAGUCAGUCUGGAUCAUGGAUGUAUUGGUCAGAUUUAAAGAAGCCUUUUGGAUGAGAGCCGAAACGUCUUGAAGAAUUUCUAGCAAGUCCAGUUGCCUUUUGCUUAUCACAGAACUGUCCCAUUUGUUCAACACCAAACUAUACAUGCUCGUAACCAGGAGCAAACAUGAAUCCUUAAAUGGCUUAGUUCACACUCAAGAUUGUUAAUGACCUCACAUUCACAUAUUUGUCCUUUUUCUUUUAAUUGUUGAAUUUCUUUGUUUUUUCUUUGCCACCAAAAUAUUUUCAAUAUUUUACGUUUCAAAGCCUUUUUAAUUCUGCACUUUAAAUGCAAGUUGAUGCUAAGAUUUCAAGAGUGUUUAUUUUAAGUUUUAACAUGAAUCCUUUAUUAAAGUUCUAAAUUAAUGAUC